AUGUGGCUUCUCCGCGCCAUCUCGUCGGGAAUCUUCCUGACCGUCACGGUCGCUUCUAUUCCUCUCGCGUUUGACGUGGGUGGGAAGACAUGCGGUCUGGCCUAUUCGCUCGCCCUCGCGAUCUUCUAUUUUCUGUUCUCGAUCCUGCGACUCUCUACCCCCGAUCGGUCCUGGGUUCGCUCGUCCUUGGUCGUCGUCAUCAGUUCUACGCAGUGGCUGAUAAUCCCGAUCUUGCUUAUCUGGUCGCUCAACCGUUUCUCGAUUGAUAAUGACAACGCGGCUUCAUGGGUGGAGCGGACAUUUACCGGGAAGAGGGCCCACGACUCCUCCAUUCAGGAGUGGGUAUUUGGACCGGAUGGGUUGGUGGAAUCAGUGACAAUUGGGAACUGGGAUAAACUUCUGAGAUGGUCAACUCCGGUCUUCCAGCUGGUUGAAGGCUUCUGCAGUUUACUCGUCAUACAGGCUGCAGGGCAAAUCACUCGCUGGCUUGUGAACCGUGGCGGGCGCAGUGAUAGUUGGAUGAUCGGCCUCCUGGUUUUGUCCGCCUCCAUCAUCUCCAGCUCCGUCUAUUUCCUAUGGCGCGUUUUGCAGUUUCCUGAAAUCUCCAAUGUCGAUGCAGCUCUGAUUGGCGUGUCCAUCACAUGCGCAGUCAUCUUGUGCGCCUGGGGCAUCGGCAGCGGCAGGGGUAAUCCAGUCGAGAGUUCUUUGCUGUUCGCCUACAUUGUGCUCUGCCUCUACCAGAUCUUCACAGACUACAAACCCUCUCACCCUCUGGAACAAUCGCCCACCCCAGCUCAGGCUGGAGGGGACUUCCCGCCCUUGCCUCCAAUUAUCAUGGAGUCGUACACGACGGUGAUGCAUGCCUUGUCGACUCUGCCUUCGAUCAUCCACGCUGCGGUUAAUGUUAUCACAGCAGUCUUCGGCGCAGUGACUCCCUCCGUGUUGGUUUCCCUCACCUACCGGAUCCUAGUUCUAUACGCCUCCACUCGGAUCAUUCCCGCAGUCCGCGAGUCUGGGGCCCGCGCCUUGUCGCAAGAAGCGUCGCUAGACGAUUCCGAUGCCGCCGGCCAAUUCCUCGGCUUCCUUAGUUACUUUUCACCCUCGAUCCUCAUUGCCGUGUACACCAGCCUUCUGAUGCAGCACUUUGCGUCGACCUCUCAAGCUAUGGGUGGUAGUGGUGAGUGGUGGAGCAGCCAGGGCGCUGGCGGCGGAAACCUCUGGCGCUGGAUCAACCUUGCAUGUACGAUGGGCUUGUACGCUGUUGAGCUCUACCUCGGUGAGAACGACGAUUUGGACGCCGGCCUUGCGGGUCAUUGGAAGACCGACUGA